UUCUCGUGCAAGGGUAGUGCGGUGCGACCGAAUCCAGCAGAAAGAGGAAAGGGAGUGCUUGCUUCUAUUCCUACUCGGCUGCGAUCCCCGUCCAUCCAGCCGUCUUGGCGCAGCCACGAGAUCGUGAGCGUCGUAGAUCUCGCGGUGGGGGAUGAAGAUUACGGCGCUCCUGGUGCUGAAGCCGUCGUCCUCCGGCGCCGGCUCCUCCACGUCGUCCGGCGGCGGGUCUGGCUCGGAGGCUGUGGUGCUGGCGAACGCGACGGACGUCAGCCACUUCGGCUACUUCCAGCGCAGCGCCGCCCGCGAGUUCAUCGUCUUCGUCGCCCGCACUGUCGCGCAGCGCACUCAGCUCGGCCAGCGCCAAUCCGUCCAGCACGAAGAAUACAAGGUCCACUCGUACAACAGAAAUGGCCUUUGUGUGGUGGCAUUCAUGGAUGAUCACUAUCCUGUACGAAGUGCAUUUUCUGUUCUGAAUAAGGUACUUGAUGAAUACCAGAAGGCUUUCGGGGACUCUUGGAAAUCUGCUAGUGCAGAUGCAACUCAACAGUGGCCUUUCCUAACAGAUGCUUUGACAAAAUUUCAGGACCCUGCAGAGGCUGACAAAUUAACGAAAAUCCAGAGGGACUUGGAUGAAACGAAAAUCAUCCUACAUAAAACUAUUGAGAACGUCCUUGCAAGAGGAGAGAGAUUGGAUAGUUUGGUUGAGAAAAGCUCAGACCUCAGUGCCGCUUCACAGAUGUUCUACAAGCAGGCAAAGAAGACAAAUCAAUGCUGCACUAUACUUUAAACUCCGGCCCUUCAAUCAUGUUUGCAAGAAACAAAAACAAUCAAUAUUGUAUUACUGUACUGUAAGUGAGAUGGCCCAUGAAGUGUGGCUGCAAGGCUCGAGGUUGAAGCUAUUGAGGCCCCAUUUGGAACACAGUUUUUCUCCGAAUCCCGCUGUAAUUGAACUGUUGUCUCAUGAAAGCCCUGUAUAAUUUCUGUGAAAUUCUUGUGUUCCAAAGAGGCCCUAAAUUAUCAUUCUUUGGUGAUUAUGAAUCCUUGUGGUACCCACUAACAUCAUUUAUUGUACAAUAAAGCUUGCAUAGGUUGUUAAAUUCCCAA